UUGGUGGUGCGGAAUGACUUGUAAAGCAAAAGCUUACUGGAUUUUGAAAUAAGAGGACGUCUCACAGCCUCUGCUUACUGACUCUAUUGGCAAAGAAGACAAGAAGAAUAAAUUCUGCCACUACUUGUCUCUACUGCCAUGAUAUCCCUUGUAUUUCUUCUUGCUUUCACAACUAUCACCAGUGAAGCAUCACUUGCCCCUUCAGAUCAAAUAUUUCAGUACAUUGAUGCACAUCAACAUGAAUAUGUACAGAGACUCAGAGAAUGGGUGGCCAUUGAAAGUGACUCCAGUAACCUUCUGAAGAGGCAAGAACUGAUUGAAAUGAUACAUUUAGCAGAAGAGAGGAUAAAAUAUUUAGGAGGAACUGUUGAGUUGGCAGAACUGGGUGUACAAGAGCUGCAUAAUGGAAGUACACCUCGUUUGCCACCAGUCAUUCUGGCAGAACUUAAAAAGGACCCUAAAAAACAUACAGUUUGUUUUUAUGGACAUCUGGAUGUGCAGCCAGCCAGAUUAGAGGAUGGAUGGGCAUCAGAGCCAUACAAUUUGACAGAAAAAGAUGGUAGUCUGUAUGGACGUGGAACCUCGGACGACAAAGGGCAAAUUCUGGCUGUACUGAAUGCAGUAGAAGCACUUCAACAAUAUGAACUUCCUGUGAAUGUAAAGUUUCUCCUUGAAGCCAUGGAAGAAGUAGGAUCGCCUGGACUAUUGAAACUGGUUGAAGAGAGAAACAGUACGUUUUUUUCAGAUGUCGAUUACAUUGUGAUCACUGAUUCCUCAUGGAUCAGCAACAAACCAAGUAUUACAUAUGGAACAAGGGGAAACAGCUACUUCUUAAUUGAGGUUGAAUGUGCUAAAAAAGACUUGCAUUCAGGGACCUUUGGAGGUAUAGUUCCUGAAGCAACCAGUGACUUAAUAUAUCUGUUGAGUACCCUUGUCGAUUCUUCUGGUCAUAUACUGAUACCUGGGAUUUAUGAUGCAGUUGCUCCUCUUACGGAAAAAGAAAAGAAACUCUAUGAAAAAAUUGAAUGGGAUUUCAAGAAGCUGAAGGACACAUUUGGCAUAAGAAACUUCACAUGUAGCACUAAAGAAGAAUUAUUAAUGCGGAAGUCGCGCUAUCCAUCUUUGUCCAUCCAUGGAAUUGAAGGAGCUUUCUCUGCACCUGGAACUAAGACUGUAAUCCCUGCAAGAGUAAUUGGGAAAUUUUCAAUACGCCUGGUUCCCCAUAUGGAUCGCUCUGUAGUAAAAAAACAGGUAAUGGAUCAUUUGAACAAGAAAUUUGCUGAACGGAACAGCCCUAAUCAUAUUGAAAUAACCAAUGUGCAAGCAUCAAAGCCGUGGCUUUCCGAUACAGAUGAACCUCUGUAUUUGGCUGGAAGAAAGGCAAUAGAGAAAGUAUUCCACACUGAGGCUGACUUGACCCGAAUAGGUGGAACAAUUCCAAUUGUUUCACAUUUCCAAGACGUAACUGGAAAGAGUAUAAUGCUUCUAGGAAUAGGAGGACCAGAUGACGCCCCUCAUGGUCAAAAUGAAAAGAUCAACAGGUACAACUUCAUUGAGGGAACCAAACUAUAUGCAGCCUUCCUUCAAGAACUUGCUUCUACCUAGAGAAGAUGGGAUGAUGAUAAAAACCCUCUAAAGCACAGAUGCAUACUUCCUUUUUUGAAAUGUUCUUAAAGGAACACAUAUACACAAAUAUAUUUAGUAAUUUAAACGUGAUAAAACCAAUAAAUACUUGUGUGGAAAAAAGAGAAGAUCCCCCCUGCAAUAAAAUAUUUUGUUUUAUUUUUACAUUUGGAGGUCCCAUUCCUCCUUUCUUUAUGUGCCUGUACAGAACUUUCUUGCUUCCUUAAGAACUCUGGACUCUCAGAAAGGAAAAGGAAUAAAUACUGCCACCUGGGUUUUCUAAAUUUAA